AUGAUCAAUGUUAUAGCAGUUUUUCAAGAUUUCGGAACUUCUUCGACUAUCUACAGUUAUAGCAAUUUUGGUGAAUUUAAAAUCGAAGAAGUUAUCUGGAGUCAAAAAACAACAGUGCCGUAUUUUCGAGAUCACAUGCAGGAUCUUAAUGGAUCUAGUUUGCCAAUUUUAUUUGGAGGAUCUGAACCAGCAUUGAUAAUUUCAGAAAACUCGAAAGAAAUUGAGAUAUCAGGUGCUGGUGUGAAAGUUCCAGUGAAAUGGUUUUCAUAUCCAUACACGGUCUUCGAUUGGAGUGUUAUGCUGCCUGUGGAACCAAAAGUCCCAAUUUUUAAACUUUUUGCCUUUAUAUUUCAUUGGAAUGCUUUUCUGAUAACAAUUCUGACUUUCAUAUUACUUUCUGUUUUACUUGAGGCAGCUAAAACUUUCCAAGAAUCAUAUCGGACAUUUACGAUGCAUGUUGAUUUCUUCUUUAACAUGGAUUGUUUCCGUGGAAUCCUCGGAAAGUCCUUCACAGAAGCACCAAAAGCUUUUUUCACAACAAAAAUCAUCUAUUUGUUGAUCUUUUUGCUUGGAAUAAUGAUUGUAACUUCUUACGAUGCAUUUCUUCAAUCUUUCAUGACCAAAUUACCAAGAGAAAACAUUAUAAAAUCUUGGGAUGAUUUACAAUCUUCUGGCUUGAAAGUCUACCAAAGUUAG